AUGUUAUUAAACUAUUUCAAGUUAACCUGUUGUGUAGUGUUAAAUCUAAGUUACGUGAAUUCUUUAAAUUUUAACAACAAUGCCUGUAGAAAUUUGGGCAGUUAUCCAUUUAAAAGUGUUAGCGGAAAUUGCUACGAAAAUCCGGAUGUGAGAGCCACUACGCCAGAAAUUAUACAAAGACGUGGUUUCAAAGUAGAAUCACAUUUGGUAACUACCCCUGACGGAUAUAUCUUGCAAAUUUUUAGAAUACCACCUCACGAAUAUGACAACAGAAAAAAUAAACAACCCAUUUUUCUUCUCCAUAGCAUAUUAUCGGACUCAUCUGCCUGGGUUUUUGCUGGAAACAGAUCAAUACCUUUCCAGUUGGCUUCCGAAGGAUACGAUGUCUGGAUAGGCAACCAAAGAGGAACCAUAUAUUCACGAGGACAUGUAGCUUUGAAGGAUUCCAAUAAAGAAUACUGGGACUAUAAUUUGGACACGCUAGCAGCCAACGACAUUCCUUCGUUUUUAAAUAAAGUUGCCGAAGUUACUGGAAAAGCAGGUUCCAUAAUUUACAUGGGACACUCUAGAGCCAUUAUGUUGUUGUUUAUGUAUACGUCGGAACACCCUGAAGAAAUCGAACAAUUACUAAGAGGAAUCGUAGCCUUUACACCCACCGCGUAUCUUGACCCUACUGGAAAUGUUAAGAACUUUUUCACAGUGGCACAAUUACUUGGGUUAACUUUAAACAAAUUUGGUAUUGGUGCCAUAUUUCAAUAUCCUAAACCUAUCAUAGCACUCUCACAAGCCCUAUGUCCAAAAUUCCCUCAAAUAUGUCAGUUUGUGGCGUUCGAAAUUAUAGGGCACUCUAAUUUACUUCUCAACGAAGACCUAUUAAACUUUUUUGGUCAUUUUCCUGCACCUUUAUCGGCGAAAGAAAUUAUUCAGCAUGGUCAGUUUUAUGAAACACAAAGAUUCCAAAAGUUUGACUAUGGAGUAGCGAAGAACAUAGAAAUAUAUGGUCAAGACAAACCCCCUCUUUAUAAUUUAAGAAAUGUUAAAGUUCCGACUUUCAUUUGUUAUGGGAAGAAGGAUGUGUAUAUCAGUGAAAGAACUAUGAUGAGGAUAUUUAAUGAACUUGGAAGCGAAAGAAAAGCUGUUUACAAGAUACCUAUCAACGACGAAAAUGAAAGGCACCAGUUCAGUCACGUCGACUUUUUAUUUGCCGCUAAUCUGACGGAAUUAUUGUACAAGGAUUUAAGAGAAAUUAUAGAAAAUGAAUUAUCUGUUUAAUGCUUUUAAUAAAAACGAUACAUACACCUGGUUAUACAUAUAGAAAAUACUUGACUAAUAUUGGGGCAUCAAUUUCUAGUGAUCCCAAAAAAUUCUGGAGUUUCAUUCAACCGAAGAAGGGGACUUCAAAAAUUCCAACACACAUCAGUAGAAUAACAGACAGCUUUCUUCUCCAUCGAAUAUUGUGUAUGCAUUCCAUCUCAGUUCGACGACCGCGUCUUUGGCCAUGGAACAUGGAAUUGUCAAAGUGAAUUUUUGAUUCUCACUCAGAAAUCACUGAACAAUUCAAAUUGGAUUUUUUGAUCCAGUGUACCGAAUGAUUAUUAUUGUAGGACAAAUUAAACGGACUAAUGCACACCUUGAUCCAUUCAUUGGUGCUGGGUGCAGCACAUGAAUCCCUCGUCAAACGAGCCAUCUCUGACUACACCCAGGCCGUAUCCAAAAAGCCCGAAAUGAAGACCUUCGAGCAGCUCGCCUUCCUCAACACCUCCAUCGGCAGGAUUGUGACAUGUCCUGGGGGGCCGUCAAGCUAGGGAUUUACUCGCGCUGCCUCACUCAGCAAUUACUGAACAAGGCACACUGAAUUACUUUGUCCAGUGUGACGAUUAUUCUUGGACAAUUUAAACGGACUAAUUGCACAAAUUGCACAAAAUAUUUUAUUAGGUUUUGCCGCACCUAAGGUAGUGUUGUAGUGUUUUGGAAAACAUUUGACGUAUAAUCUAAGUUUUGUCCUACUAGUUUUAAGCUAGUGUGAAUAUU